GUGAAGGCGCAUUAGAUCUGCGGACAUCGCGUUUACCGUAGCCGAUCAAGGCUCACGCCGAAAGCCGGACAGAGCGGCCCCUCUCCACAUCCUCUAUCGCCUUGUUGGACGACUGCCGUCGGCCCCAGCGCCCAUCGAUCAUGUGAAUCGGUUACAUAAACUUUUAGACAUUGGCUCAUUCAAUGCCUAUCUCCCGUAGACCUUUUACAUAUAUCAAAACUUGUGGUUGGCCUCGCGUUUUUCCGAGUGCUCUUCUGGGAUAUCAUCGACAUUUCUCUCUCCUCAGCAUGACGCCCCCAGAGCCACCUCCCGUUGAGCCCAAGAAGCGCCUCAUCAACCUUCUCCGGGGCUGGCCAUCGCCCAACGUAUUGCCAGCAGAAGCUCUCAAGGCGGCGGCCAAAAAAGUCCUGUCCGAUCCAGACAUCUUUGUCCCAGGUCUCCAAUAUGGGCCUGAUCCCGGCUACCAGCCCCUACGUGAAGAGCUGUCCAGAUUUCUGAGCGGGCAAUAUGGCACCGAGGCGGACGCGGAGAGAAUCUGCAUCUCAGGCGGCGCUAGUCAAUCAAUGGCUUGCAUACUGCAGUCUUACACUGAGCCGGUAUUCACCAAAGCCGUUUGGGCCAUCGCACCCUGCUACUACCUGGCCUGUGCAAUCUUUGAGGACUCUGGCUUCCGAGGACGGCUGAAGGCAGUUCCCGAAGACGAUGAGGGCAUCGACCUGGAGUGGCUGGAGCGGGGGCUGGAGAGUUUCAAGGACAAGACCGACCCGGACGAGUGCCCCGUAUACAAGACGCCGGAGCUCAGGAAGGUCUACAGGCACGUAAUCUACGCCGUCCCUUCUGCCGCCAACCCAUCGGGAAAGACGAUGACGCUCAGGAGGAGGGAGGCCCUUGUUCGUUUGGCACGCAAGUACGACUGUCUCGUCAUUUGCGAUGACGUUUAUGACUUUCUGCAAUGGCCCGUCGCAGACGCCUCCUCGGCCCUCCCGUCAGGGACACAGCCAGCAAAGGUGAAGAUACUCCCACGGCUGUCAGACAUCGACUUUGCGCUUGGGCCUAGCGCGCACGACCAGUCGCAACCAGACGGAAAGUGGUUCGGCCACGCGAUCAGCAAUGGUUCUUUCUCAAAGAUCGUGGGUCCGGGUAUAAGGACGGGUUGGGUCGAAGGGACGCGAGACUUCGCCUUCGGCCUCGCACAGACCGGCUCUACAAAGUCCGGUGGCGCCCCCAGCCAGCUCUCCGCAACCAUCGUGUGCGAGAUGAUGAAGAGCGGCCAGCUGGAGCGGCAUAUAGACGAGGCGUGCAGGCCCAGCCUCCAAAGGAGGCACGCCCUCAUGGUGAAAGCCUUGCACCAGCAUCUGGACCAGUUCGGUGUCGAGUUGCUCGACUCGAACCCCACGGACGGCGGUGGCAGAGCCUACGGGGGUUAUUUCCUGUGGAUCACGUUCCCUGUGGACCGAAUGCUCAGUCCAUUGCGAAACGAGCUUUGGAGGAUGAGAACCUGAUAGUGCCCCCGGGUGAGAUGUUCCAGGUUAAGGGUGACGAGAACGCGGUGCAGUUCCCUAAUAGUGUGCGGCUCUGUUUCGCCUGGGAAGAAGAGUGGGAUCUUGUGGAUGGAAUCGCACGCCUCGGCCGCGCUGUUGAGUCACUGUGGAACGAAGAGGAGCCGGCUUCGCAAGCACGAGCCAGCUCGAGCGGUGGCAAGCUCGACGCCUUCUACUAAAUCCCCUCCGCAUGGCCCAGCUGUAUUUCCAAACUGGCACGUACGCGAGUUGUUUCGAAGAAACCACAUGUAGAAUGUGAAGGUCCAGCACCAAAAGGCCUCAAUUUGCUGGGUUGAGUGGCUCGUGGCAGCAUAAUUUGCAAUUUGCGCUGGCCUCAAGAGGCGAGUGCUGAGUGAAUCUGGCGUACCGUUACAACGUGGCUCUGACUUGUUCUUGCG